AUGUCGUUGUGGGCGGCUAAGGGCUCGAGCAGACGGGCUUGGACCUCCUGGCUCACCUGCUUCUGUCUGAUCAUCUGUUAUCUGAUGGUUAUGGUCACUGCCGAGUUUGAGAAGGCAGAACAGCCCAAGAGGGGGAACGCUCUGCUUUCGAGGUACGGUCGCGCUGUUCUUUCACGAUAUGGAAAACGUUCAGCACCCAACUUUUUCGAAUCUGAUGUUCCUUUUGAUGGAAUUGCAGGUGGGUUGGGGUACGGAAGUAUAAAAGAUGAAGGGAAUUACUCAAUUCGGGACGGAUUGGACCUGGUUUAAUUAAACGGGCUUACCAUUCUGUUUACAAUGCGGAGGGAAUGCCUUGCACUAAUUUCAGGCUGGGAGCUGGGAUUGGGAGAGUAGGAAGGUCUCUGACGUCAUGUCUCAAAAACUGACCUUAUCUUUAAUGUAAUCUCAUAUUAUUUUUUCUCUUAUUAUUAGAGGGUGUUGAUUUGAAUUUAUUUCAAGAAAAUUUUGGAUUUAUUUUCAUUAAAUUUAUUUCAAUACUUGUUCGAAAACAGUUUAUCUCAUAACCUACAAGGACAUCUAUGAUGUGGUUAUCUGUCAUACUGUAUUAUCUUCCCUGAGGGUCUUGCAACUUUUGGGAGACGCUACAUAUUUUGGAUAAUUUGAUUUGGAGAUGGCUCUAUAAUCCAAUAUUAUCUUAUACUUGCGAAUGCGAAAAUAUUUUUAGAGGAAUGGUUGUUGUGCCGGCGAGCCCCGAAUGACAUGCUCCAGUGUUUGCCCACGCCCUUGUACCACUACUAA